AUGUUUCUCCAGCAACAGCCCGUGCUGGGAGUGACGGAGCGAGAAUUCUUCGACCAGAUGGGCGUGCACUUCGUGGGGUUCGUGGGACAGUACGGUUACGACCGUGUACUGUCCGUGCUCGGCCGUCACAUGCGAGACUUCCUCAAUGGUCUGGACAAUCUCCACGAAUACCUCAAGUUCUCCUACCCUCGGAUGCGAGCACCCUCGUUCAUCUGUGAGAACGAGACCCGCCAGGGUCUGACGCUUCACUAUCGCAGCAAGCGGCGCGGCUUCGUCUACUACACCAUGGGGCAGAUCCGCGAGGUGGCCCGUCACUUCUACCACAAGGAGAUGCGGAUCGAGCUGGUACGAGAAGAGGUACUGUUCGACACGGUCCACGUGACCUUCCAGUUGACCUUCGACAAUCGAGCCUUCACCCUCGCUUCGCUUACCCUCACCCGGGAGGAGAAGCACCUUCCCAUCAGUGCCUCCGUCCUCUUCGAGAUCUUCCCCUUCUGCAUUGUAUUCGGAUCAGACAUGGUGGUUCGCAGCAUCGGUAACUCAUUGAUGGUGAUCUUGCCGGAUCUCGUGGGCAAGAAGAUCACCAACUGGUUCGAUCUGGUCAGGCCGCUUAUCGCCUUCAAGUUCCAGUCGAUCCUGAAUCGUACAAACAACAUUUUCGAGCUGGUGACAGUAGAGCCAGUGCUGGGCGAGCGAUCUGGGGACAGUCACCGGGGCCAGGAGGCCAUCAUACACGAGGAGAACGGCUUAGCGGACGAGAAGAGUUUGCGACUCAAAGGUCAGAUGAUCUACAUGGACAACUGGCGCAUGCUGAUGUACCUGGGCACGCCUGUCAUGCCUGACCUCAAUUCACUUGUCACCACCGGCCUCUACAUCAACGACCUCUCCAUGCAUGAUUUCAGCAGGGACUUGAUGCUGGCUGGGACACAACAGUCCGUGGAGCUGAAGCUAGCCCUAGAUCAAGAACAACAGAAGUCCAAGAAGCUGGAGGAGUCCAUGAGGAAGUUAGACGAGGAGAUGAGGAGGACAGAUGAACUGCUGUAUCAGAUGAUACCCAAGCAGGUGGCGGACAGGCUUCGCACCGGCGAGAACCCGAUAGACACCUGCCAGAUGUUUGACAGCGUGUCCAUUCUUUUUUCUGACGUGGUGACGUUCACCGAGAUCUGUUCCAGAAUCACGCCCAUGGAAGUCGUCUCCAUGUUGAACGCCAUGUACUCUAUCUUCGACACGCUCACUGAAAGAAACCGAGUGUACAAGGCGUUGUCCCGCGGCCGACCGUGUGACGCGGCUAGUUCUGUCCGUCAGGUGGAGACGAUAGGGGACGCGUACAUGGUGGUCUCCGGGGCGCCCCAGUCCGAGGACAAUCACGCCGAGAAGGUGUGCGACAUGGCCCUCGACAUGGUCGAGGCCAUAACUGACCUCAAGGAUCCCAGCACAGGGUCACACCUCCAGAUACGGGUGGGUGUACACUCCGGAGCCGUGGUCGCCGGGAUAGUCGGGCUGAAAAUGCCUCGGUACUGCCUGUUCGGCGACUCCGUCAACACGGCUUCCAGGAUGGAGUCGACCAGCGAGGCUAUGAGGAUCCACAUCUCCCAGAGCACGCGGGACCUGCUGCCGCCGGAGUACGUGGUCAAGGAGCGCGGCGAGAUACAGGUUAAGGGGAAAGGCAACAUGAAGACCUAUUGGCUAGUAGAAAGAGAGCACCGAGCGCCUCUAUCCCGCCACAUCCCCGCCAGAGAGGGUGUCGAGGCGCCAGAGUGGGAGCGCUGUGCCGACAAUCUCAAGCACCUACAGGAGGACAGGACCCGUGUCUACUCGCCCGUCACCUUCCAGGAGGUGGCCCGUCGCUCCAUCGAUAACUCGCCCGUCAAACUCCGACCGGACAAUAGAGAGUUCCGGUCGACCUCGGAGAUUGCAGUGCACACUGGCAAUUUUCUGCAGUCGUCUCUCGUGCCGGAGUGCGCGGGCUCUCACAGCCCAUGCCGGCGACGGACCUCUUCACCCUGCCCGGAGAUUCGAGAGGCGGCGGAGCGGCGACCAUCCAUCCAGGUUAUAGUGCCACCCAGGGACGAUCGGAAGCCGAAAGAGGACCGGAAGCCGAGGGUCGAAAGGAGAUCGAAGGAGGAACGAAAAACGAAGGAAGGAAGGAAGUCCAGGGAUGACAGGAUAUCUCCGGUGACUGCGUCGCAGUCGGAUGGUUGUCUCAGCAAGAAAACCGAAGUGAACAUCAGCACCAACAGUUUACUGAGCCAGCAGCAGCAGUGCUGUCCCGGCAGCAAACACAGUCACAGCUGUGACAUAGUCUAGACAAUUCGAUUUAAAAGGUUUACAUUUUAUUUAAAAUAAAAAAUUCUGAACAAAUGAAACAAGUUCAAUGCGAUUCACGCAAACAUUUUGAAGAAUGUAAAUUGAAUUUUUAAAUGUAAUAAUUUUAUAUGACGAUCGGAUAUUACAGUAGGUGUGUAGCUGUGCAUGUGACCUUUUCACGGGAGAGAUCUGUGUCCCUUUUUGCAAACAUAGACUAGUCACUACUACCGCUUACAGAUAGGCAAAGCGUUCUGUGCACGGGGUCAAGGUUGUACUAACCAUCAAUCUACGCACUGUCAUUCUGUAAUGUAUUUAAAGAACUAUCGGAGUACCUUUUCUUUAUGACCACGAGGAAACUGAAUGCAUAAGUAGACAUUCUACUUCUUUCCUGUUGGGUCACGGGAAAUACCGAAGGGAUGGCCUCUAAGGGAAAGCCCGAUGAUUUUGGAAAAGACAUACUGUAAGGUGACCGGCCGGCCCGCGCGCGCAGAUCGCGCCCAUCUGUAUCUUUCCGAUAUUUUACACAUCGAUGUUUUACGCAUGACUGUACAACGUUGGCACGCUCCGGUCACGCACACAGCAACAUGCCUCCUACUGUACUACCUGUUCGCACUCAGUAGAGUUAUGGUUACCCAAUCCAAAGAAUGAAAAUUUACAAACAUUUUUAUAAAACCUGCCCAUGUAUUAAAAAUAUAACAACUUAUUGAGCCUAGCACGAUUUAUAGAAAGUUCCUUAACAUUUUAUGUUAAUACCGUACGUUUCAACUUUAAACGUUGCUAUUUUUAAUAAAGUAUACUUUCUUUAUUUGUAACAUGAAAUAUUUGAGCGUGCGUGUGAUUUUAGAUAAUUAUAUUUUUUAAAUAGAAAUAAGUUUUAAUUCUAGAUAUAUUAUUACAUUAAAAAAAUAAAAUGAGCGCGUUGUCUUUACAAUGUAAAGAACAAGUGUUCAAGUGAAAUAUAAAACGUUUUGAAUAUUUUAAAAUAUAGUUUUAAGUAUAGUCCUGAAUGAAAACUCCAUUUUCAUAUAAAGCACGUUUUAAGACAAAUCGUAAAACAAUUCUUUGCGGACAAUUCAAAACGAAAAUUGAUGCUUUCCUUGUGUUUUUUUAUUUCCUUUAUCACAUGACUGUAGAUUUGAUUUGAAUGAAACUCUUGUAUAAUGAAAUAUGUGAUGUUGUAUAGUGUAAAUAAAUAUAUAGUUUUAAAUUUGUCAAUGUAUUUAAAGUAAUGGUUCAAUUUGCAUAAAUCGAAAAACAUGAAUUAAGUUGAGUGUAGUAAACUAUAUAUGUAUAACGUCGACUGUUUUUCGUUAUAAAGGCGUUGAUAAACGUUUAUUUUGCCGAACAGUGGUUAAUGACAGAUUUAAUUCAGGAAUGUUUUUAAAUCAUAUGAGUACAACUAUAACGUCAACUUUAAUCCCAUUGGAUACUUCAACAGUUUAAUGUGUGAACCCUACCCCUUCGUAGGUCAGAUUGGGCUUUCUAUGUAGCAUGUUUUAAAAUAGAUUUAAAGCUAUUUCGUAAAAACUAAUUUAACUUGGCUUAUUGAUUUUGUUUGUCCAAUAACAUAAUUUUGAACUGACAUGUUUUCUAUACAAACAUGUUUUUUACUAAAUAUGUUUGUUUAGCUAUACAAAGACAAUAAAGCUAUAUUAAAAUAUUCAGGUAUUGAAAUAUUUAAUACAUUAGAUAUCGUUCAAUUUUAUUUUCAUAGUUCACAAUAAGAAUUUUAUGAUAGUAAGAAUAAAGUAUAUAAUUAACAUGAAU